AUGACAGCAUGGCAAGACCUGAGGUGCUGGGAGUGCCAGAGGAAGAGGCACCUGGUGAGAAAGUGCCAGAGGCAACCACAGGCAGCAGAGGACAGUGAACAGCUAUCAGGAACAGAGCACUGUCAGCCUGUGGGACAGACAUGCCCUGACAGGAGAAGGUUGGGCCACUUGGGAGAUGAUGAGAACAGCCUCUAUGUACAGAGCAAAGACAGGCGCCUGCCCCAGCCCACUACCACCAGUCCUAGUUGUGUUGUUGACUCUGGUGAAGGAGAGGUCUCCAGGGAAACAGACCUUGCCAUAGAACAGCUUAUCCAGUACAACAGUGAGGGACUCAGUCCAGUACUAGUGCCAAGGAAGGAUGGCUCCCUGAGGUUCUGCAUACAGUACAAUUGGCUGAACACAGCCACUCACCAGGACUCGUACCCCCUCCCUCGCAUUGACGAUGCACUAGACAACUUAUCUGACUUGAAGAUAGUGCUUGGUGACAUCGCAGUUGUUUUCGUGACAGUGUGUGGAAAUCUACUGGUGAUCAUCUCCAUCUGCCACUUCAAGCAGCUCCACACACCAACCAACUUCCUCCUCCUCUCUCUGGCUGUGGCAGACUUUCUAGUUGGAGCAACUGUGAUGCCUUUCCACUUUAUUAUGUUGAUUGAUCCGGACUGGUGCAUUGGUGAAUUGUAUUGCGCCAUUAAUAAUGUCGUUUCCUAUUCCCUGACUGGUGUGUCAAUUAAUAGCGUCGUUUUUAUUGCAGUGGACCGAUUCUUUGCUCUCAGCAGCCCUUUUCUUUACUGCACUAAAAUGACAGGGAAGCUAACUUUAAGGAUCAUAUUGAUUCUCUGGUUGUAUACAUUCAUAUACAAUGUGGCUCUUCUGUAUAGCAAUGGAAAUAUCCCUGAAAUGAAGGAAAAUACUACAUGUGUCGACUGUAUUGUCAUAAUAAAUGAAAUAUGGGCCAUUGCUAACUUUCUUAUAGUACUCGUUCUGCCGUGCAUAACAAUAAUUAUUAUUUAUGUGAACAUUUUUUAUAUUGCCAAAAAGCAUGCAAAUAAUAUCACGUGUGUCAUGAAACAACAUACAAACAGCAGAAAAGUAAAUAAUUAUUCAAUGGCAUCUGAAAGAAAAGCAGCAAAAGCACUAUCAAUUCUUGUGGUAGUGUUUCUACUGUGUUUAGUACCCUGCUUUGCAAGCGUUUUUGUUGAUGUAUAUGUUAGGAAACCAUCUGUGUAUCUUUCCGUUCUAAUUACCUUAACUCUACUUUAUCUAAAUUCAUCAUUGAACCCUAUAAUAUAUGCCCUAUUCUAUCCAUGGUUUCAAAAGUCAGUAAAACUCAUUUUAACACUCAGGAUAUGUGGAACAGAGUCUUCCCUUAUGAAUGUGUUUAUAAAGGAAACAUAAAAACUUUGCUGUAUAUAAUAAUGAAGAAAUCAAACAUUAUAGUUUUA